AUGGAGGGCGCUUUCCCUGAGUGCGCGGUGCAGGGAGUGGUUCUGCGACAUGAGGGCGAGCACGGCCUCUUUGCAGAUCUCUCGCUGUACGGCCAUGCCGGCUGCUUCUUAGAGAACUGCAAGGCCACGGACAAGUUUGAGGCCGAGGGCGCAGGCGUUUGCGCCAGGGCCUGCGCAGCCGUGGAGGGGUGCACACACUGGAGCUUCGGACAGCAGUAUGGCUCCAAGAAGUGCUUCCUCCGCACUUCAGAUGCAGGCCGCCGCGUGUUGGCGCAUUGGGUGUCCGGCACAAAGACCUGCGGCCCGGCACCGCUGCCCCCGGGCUUCGUGGCCCACGGGGUCGCCACCUGCGCUGCGAUGAAGAGCUGCGACGCCGGGAAGUCCGUGGAGUGCCCGGACGUAGCCGCAGCGAUCAACACCUGGAUCUUCGCCAUUGACCACCUGAAGCGCGCCUUCAAGGGCCGCGUGGAUGCGGAUACCUGGGGCCACAUCGAACGAAUCGGCAAGGAGUCUGCGAACUUCCGGGCUCAGCUGACAGCGGAGUACCGCCCCAGCGACAAGGACUUCCCGCGAGUCGUCUACAACAACAGGUUGAUCUUCAACCACUUGGAGGAGGUGCUGGCGGCGCAGCCCCGCGCUGCCGUGAGCCAAGAGGACGCCUCCCUGCCGAAUCCUCUGCGCUUCGGACGCCUUUGUGGGAAGACUUCCUGCUACGAGCUCUGA